AGAGAUGGUGUCCCUGGCCUCUGUCUGCAAGAAGCUGGGAAUGGGUGAUAGGGGAUGGAUCACUUGAUGAUUACCUGUUCUUUUCAUUCCUCUUGGGGCACCUGGCAUUGGCCAGUGUCGGAAGGCAGGGUUGAGUUUUUAUUAUGGUGAACUUCAAAAAUCAGUCAAGUUCCCAGCAUGGGGAGUUUUUAUUAUGAAAUGAAAGUUACAGCUGUUUGAAGUUUAUAAAUGAAAGUUUUAGAAAUGAAAGUUACAGCUGUUUUAAGAGGAUAACUUCCUCUGUGGUCUAGCAAAAGCUGAGACCAUCUUCAGCCAUUCUCUUGUGCACGCACACAUCCAGGACCUAAUGAAUUCAAAUGGCAGGCUUACAUUUCUCUGUCUGCAGGGCACAAACGUGCGAGAACUGGGUGCAACUGACCUGUCCUUUCAAUGGAUCUGUCUUGGUUUUUGAAGAACUGAACUAACGUCCCGUCAGUUAUUAAUAAUCACCAAUUAUUACUUACGCUGCGUGUUACCGCAACAUCCGGGACACCGUUGUGUUAGGCACGGUACAAACACAGAGCACAAAGGCUGUUUCUGGCUAGAAAUGUAACCUAGCCGUAAAGGAAGACUGGGUGGCAGAAGUAUCAGUUAUCUUGGAGGGGAAAUAUCCCACCCACCCCUUGGCACAGGUUGAAAAAUCUAGUGAGGCUGACUCAACCCUCCACCUUUCCAAGAUGCUUCCCUCUGGGCUCUGGCUGUAGGAUGUUGGAGAAUCAAGAGCAAGAAGAGCUGACCACGGUGCGGGUUCAGGACCCUCGGCUCCAGAACGAAGGCUCCUGGAAUUCCUAUGUGGAUUAUAAAAUCUUCCUCCAUGGAGCCACCUCUGACCUUUCCCGUCCUCCCGCGUCUCGUUUCACAGACCAGCAGCAAGGCCUUUACUGCCAAGACCUCGUGCGUGCGCAGACGGUACCGCGAGUUCGUGUGGCUGAGGAAGCAGCUCCAGAAAAACGCUGGCUUAGUGCCUGUCCCGGAGCUGCCGGGGAAAUCCACCUUCUUUGCAGGCAGCACCGAUGAGUUCAUUGAGAAACGGAGACAGGGGCUCCAGCAGUUCCUGGAGAAGGUCGUGCAGAACGUGGUCCUCCUGUCAGACAGCCAGUUGCAUCUCUUCCUGCAGAGCCAGCUGUCGGUGCCCGAGAUCGAGGCGUGCGUGCAGGGCCAGAGCCCCCUGACCGUCACGGACGCCAUCCUCCGCUACGCCAUGUCGAACUGCGGCUGGGUGCAGGAAGAAGACGCCCGCCCUGCGCUCGUGGCGGGGGCAGAGCUCUACAGCAGCUGCGCUGGUCACGGAAGCCCCCCUGUUCGGAGCUGUCUGAAACCCCCUUCGCGCUGGAGCGACUUCGGCAUGGAAGACAACCACUCGGAUAGCCUGGAUUCUCCUACGGAGCAGCCGGGGACGAAGUAAGCAGCACAAACGAUUGUGUGCACCCUGUCUGGGAGCAGCGGUUCUUGCUCUGCGGAGAGCCGAGGAUGGCAGCUGAGUGGCUCCCGUUGGUGCAGGAUUGGGACCCUGCAUGGCACGUGGGCCUCAUCCUCAGCCCCUCUACUCCUAGCAGCUUGUGACCACUUCCUGCUGCCUCUGGACGGUCCUCUGAUGAGGCAGGUGCUGUGUGAAUACACAACUGAGCUGUACGAAAACGGAACCAGGGCUUAGUAGAACCUAAGUUUGUUACUCCCCAGGGCUGUGUCAUGCUCUUGUGGGGGGAACGGUGUGUAUUAGGGAUGGGGGCUGCUUGAAAACAAAAGCCAGCUCCCUUGAUCUUGGCUUGAUUCUCUGUCCCCUUGGAGCUGGGUCAUGGAGGCAGAUGCUCAUCGCUGCAGAGAUCCUCCAGGAGAGAUGUUGUCUGGAUCCCUAGGCCGAGCUGCCGUCCCUCCUUGCCCAGCAGCAGAUCAGUCAGCGGUCCCAGCAAUGCCCAGUGGAUUCUCAUUCCUAGAACUAGAAUUCAGUCUUCGUAGCAUUCCCCUCUGAAAAACCAAUGGCCGCGUAGGCACGAGCGGCGCUACUUUGCACGGCUGAGAGCCACGUUUAAACAGCGGCUGUGGGGCGGCCUCCCCUCAGCUGUGCUAAGCCGGAAGCCCACCCGCUGGGUAUGGAUACCACCUCCACACCUGGGUCCUCCAGGCCGGGCUCGGCAUGCAGGCUGCGUGCAGCUGGAAUGAGCCCAUGACCUUUCCCUGGGGGCUCUAUAUUGCAGGGUUGAUUCCUCCAUUGCGGCGGGGCUGGGGGAAUGUGUUGUGGUGGGACAGUGAGGUCAGAAGGUUGGUUGUGUGGGACACCCCUCAAGCUGGGCUUCCCUGCAGGAGAACAAACCUUUUGGCUAGCCCAGACCUGCCGGAGCCUAACAGCCAACUGGAGCUAAAGAGGGCAAAGGGGAAGGGCAAAGGGUGGUGAUCCCUAUAGCCAGCCAUGAGGGAGCAGAACCGAAGAAAGAAUCCCUUAAUAGAGAAUGGGCAAUCCCACGCUACAGCUACCACCAGGGCCUCUCUGCUUUCAACCCAUCAGGUCCAUCUACUCUGCUGCUCCCCGUGCCUUUCCACCAGCCCAUCCUCUGGCAUUGUCAUGGCUCAGAAGGCAGAGCUGAGGUGCUCUGGCCUGCAAUAAAUGUGAAGUGCAUGA